AUGUUUUGGAACAGUCGAAGUAUGAAAUUGCUCGCGAUGGCAUUGAAUGCCAAAAAAAAUGAAUCCAGCGAUAAUGAUGAGGAUAGCGAUGAUACGCUGAAGGAUAAGCAUUACAUUCCUUCUUCAUCAGACAUUUCUACUACUUCCGAGAGCGUUGAAAAUGGUGCAGACAAUCAAAAUGCGACGACCUUUUCAAGACAUGUGCAACAUUCCUCCAACUCUAAAGAUUCAAUUGAUUCGGGAAGAUUAAUUUUAAAACAGUAUAUACCUCAAAAAACACACAAGUACGGUAUAAAACUGUUCAAAUUGUGUUGUGACAAUGGCUACACGUGGAAUCUCAAAAUAUACGCAGGAAAAGAACAAGAUAGGGGGACAUCCCUCGUAAAUGCAUUUAUACACUAUAAGAAAGUAUCAAGCGAUUCUAUGACAAUUACUAAAUUCAGAAAAAAUAUUAUUGAGAAAUUACUUGAAGGGGACACAAACCAAGACCCACAAAAUGUUACCAAUACAAGCACUAUACCUUCUAGAAAAAGCCUGAAGAAUCAUAUAUUGAUUAGAAAAGAAGGAAAAGCGGUUACCGUAAGAAAAUACUGCCUAGGUUGUUAUAGAAAAAAGAUGGCUGGGCAAAUACAAAAAAACCAAGUGAAAAAGGUGGCAUAUUUCUGCGGUGACUGCGAGAAUAAGCCCCAUUUUUGCCUUUCUUGUUUUAACGAAAAGCACAAGAAAACAUAA